CAGUCGUAUUCUUUGUGUCAGUCGGUCUCCGGAUCGGUUGCCAAUCAGUUGACGUGUGUGACCCCGCGAACGCACCAUGCUGAAUGGAAAGUUCUACACGGGUCUGCCCCCCAAGAUGGUGGAACGGCAGGGGGCCAAGGUGUACGAUCGCCAGGAGUCGCACUUCUUCUGGCCGGACGACUCCCAGCUCGACUCGGCGGUCGAGACGCGGGUCAAGCGUCGCAACAGCCUACAGCUGGAGCAAUCGCGACCGAGUUAUGGCUCCGCCAUUCAGCGACAGUCUUCCACACAGGAUGCGGCACCCGAGGUGGACACCCGUCGCAUGUUUCACAAGGAAUUUGCCAGCUCCUCCAUCGAGUUCUACGACAACCUGCAGCCCAGCAAGGAUAAUCGUCCCUCUCUGAGGCGAAACAUGCGUCGAGAGGUGACCCCAAAGCUGACAGAAGUUGCGCCCUACAGGGGCAACCUUCCAUUGCUCAGCACCCAUCCGGAGGAGGACCCCACCUGUGAGCGACGCAAGCAGGCGUACAGCUCCACGAUACAGUUCUACGAUUACGUCAACCAAGACGACUGCCACACGCCCACCCAGAACAACGCCAGGCGACCCAAAAUGGACAUGAACGACAAGCGUGAGGUGGAACUCAACUCCAAGAACAGUCCCAAGCUUCAGGUGAAGCGGAAUGUGCGCAGCCUCAGCGUGGAGGUGGAGCCGAAGGUCACAAAGAAGCCGCUGAACGACAGUCGCCCCGACUGGCAGCCCGAAAGCCGACGUCGUCCCGUCCUGCCCCUGCAAGGGUCAGUGCCCAAGCGAAUCCUUAAGCAGGCACCGCCCGAGGAUCUGGACUGGAUGGACAGCGGACUCCGGCGGCUGCAGCUGCGAAGUCCUGGGCUGCGAAAGAAACAUGUCACCUACAAUGAGGAGGCCGACGAGUAUGCCUACUACGAUGACAGAGGCAGAGACAGAGACAGAGACGAGGCACCUCAGCAGCCAAAUAUGCCGACCGGAAGUCGGGAACAGUCAGAGCAGCGAUCGUAUAUGGAAACUAGUCGCACGAAGCCAUUAAAUAAUUAUAAUAAGAGUAUACACAAUAAUAACCACUCCGCCAGCAGCACCAGCGCACGGAAAAUCUUGCCGAAAUCAUCGUUGCCAGAGGCAGGGGCCACGGGGGAUGAGGCGGUGUCCCCCGACCCACGCAAACACCUGCGGAGCAGCCUCUGCUUCAACGGCGACGCUCUCAUUGUGGGCACCCAGUCGUCAUCCGCCGAUUCGCAGGCGCGCCGAAGCUCGGCUCGACAGCGAAUCAGCGUGGGACUGCCAGACUGACAAAGAGAAGAAAGAGCAAGAAUGGGAGAGGGGAGCAAGAGAGAGAACUUCGAAUGCAUAUGGCAGAUAGCAGAUGGCAGGGUAUUUACAUUAACGAUCAUCUGCUAAACUUUGACUUCACCCACAGGCGAAUCAUUGAGUUGAUUUAUGCACGAACCAACCUUGAUCUUGACUAAUCUAUGAGCAGAGGCAGCAGCAGCCGCAGUGCCCAGAUGUAUUAAUUUAGUUAAUAAUGAAUGGAAAUAUGCUAAUAAACUGAUGUAUAACCCAA